ACAUAAUAUCUGCUUUAAUUGAAUCCUUGCAGGGUACCAAACUAUGGAAAGGCCUCAGUCCCUAAUUGCGAGGAAUGCAAUUCACAAGGGCGAUGUUAAUGCUGUAAUGGACUUUUUAAGGGGAAAUCCAGGGGCAGAAAAAUUCAGUUUUUGGACAGGUGACACUUGUCUUCAUCACGCAGCUAGAGUUGGCAAGUCAAACAUUGUCAAGGCAUUGCUUGAGAGUACGCCUGCAGUGGAAAAGGAUCCAUGGGAUAAUACAGCUCUAGCACUUGCUACUAUGUAUGGAAAUACCGAGAUUGCAAAAUAUUUAGUUAGUAAGGAUUCCACUUUGCUUUCUAUUGAAGAUGUGGAUCAAGCAAUCCCGGUAGUAACGGCAUGUAGACAAGGGCAUAAGGAGAUGACAAACUUUCUCUAUUCUGAAACCCCAUUCGAAAUCCUAUUAAGCGAAAACGGAAAACAAGGAUCCGAAUUACUUCGUUGGUGUCUUACUUCCAAAAGAUUUGAUAUCAUGUUGGAUGUACUUCACCGUGGUCAAAGUUUAAUUGAUAAAAAUUGGAAGGAUCUUUCGAAUAGAUUCGCCCGAACGCCAACAGCAUUCAGCAAUGGAAAUGGGCUAACAUUUUGGCAACGAUGGAUCUAUGAGUGUUUGAAGGUACACAUACCUAGUGAUUUUACUGUUGUUAUUAUUAAUAAGAAAGGACAACAAUUUGAAGAAAUGUCAUUGCCAGGUCGAUUAUGGAGAUUGGCUUCAUUCCUUCUUCCAUUCUUAGGCAUAAAGCAAAUACAUGCUUUAAAGUUGAGUUAUGGCCUCGCCUGUGCGAGUCUCUGUUUGAUCUGUCAGCACUUGACAAAAUUACAGUUGAGGACAUGGGAGGACCUGACUGUACUAAGGAAGGCACUCACCAGUGCGAUUGAGAAUGGCAAUUAUGAAUUUUUAAUUGAAAUGGUCAAAACUAAUGCAGACUUACUUCAUACGUCGCUGCCCAAUGAUGAGACUAUAAGUAGAAACUUUCUCAUGGAUGCUAUUGAAUUUCGUCAGGAGAAAAUUGCUCGCUUUCUUAUUGGACUCCCCCUUGCCAAUGUAUUUAUCAAUUUACCAGAUAAUUCAGGGAAGAACAAUAUAUUACAUAUAGCAGGUAAAUUGGCUUCUGAUUCUCAACUUUCUCACAUUUCUGGUGCUGCUCUACAGAUGCAAACAGAGAUACAAUGGUUCAAGGCGGUAGAAAGCCUGGUUAACCAGCGUCAAAAAGAUGCCAAAAACAACAAUGGUGAAACUGCUUACCAAGUUUUGGCUAGAGAGCACAAGGUCUUGCUUAAGGAAGCAGAGGAUUGGAUGAAAGGAUUAGCAAAUUCAUAUAUAAUUGUUGGCGCUCUCAUCAUCACCAUAAUGUUCGCCGCAGCUUUUACCCUUCCUGGGGGUAACGAUGGGGGUAACGAUGAAAAUAAGGGAUUUCCAGUAUUCAAAAACAAAGCAGCAUUUUUGAUCUACAUAAUAUCCGAUGCAAUCUCUCUGUUUGCUGCAGCUGCCUCACUAGGAUGCUUAGCUUUUGAUCUUCAAAUGUCAGUACGACAAAAUAGGCUAGUAAAGAGGCAACAGAAACCACAGUCAAGGAUGCUGAACAAACAAAACUACUGAAGAAGGAUGGUUCAAAGAAAUGGUAGCAAAGUAU